AUGGAAGAUGUUGGACCAAACCCAAUGGAUGAUGGGCAUGAGAUAACAGAAAUAUCGAGUUUAGAAGCCAUAAAAGAAAAUCUCAACUACCUGAACGCAGACCUUGAAAAGGAUCUACAGAGGCUGGACGAGGCCAAUCAGAUUCUUUUCAGAAAGAUUCAGAAGAAAGAAGAAUCUGUACAAAGUCUUGAAAAAGAUAUUGCCCUGUCCAUUGGGAGAGUCCCAGAGAAGGAUGACUUCAGUGAGAUCAUAAUACAGAAGGAGAAUGCCCUGAAGGACCUGAAGCUGGAGACAGCAAAGCUGGAGAAAAAGAAUAAGACCCUAAGCAAAAAUAUCAUGGAACUUCAGAAGAAGAUUUCAAGAGGAUAUAAGAAUACUAUCCCUGAUCCAGAAACCCUGAAAAAUAAAAUAGCAGAAUUGAAGGUGAAACUACAAAAGUUAACCGAGUCCUGUGUACAACAAGAGGAGGAAAUAGCCAAGAUGGAAAGUGACUACCAAUCUAUAAAUCAGCUCUGUGAAGACCAGGCUCCCUACAUAAAGAAAUACCAAGAAAUUCUGAGGGAGAUGGAGAAGAAGCAAGAAGUGAUGCUGCUUGAAAAAGAAAUAUCCAAAGCCCAGAAUGACUCCUCCCAAGUAGUGAAAGCUGGGGCAACUCUGGAAGAGACCAUUCAAAAUGACAUGGAGAAGAUCAUCAUCAAAAAACAGGAGAGGAAGUUUUUGCUUAGGCACUUCAGGUACCUUUUCUUCAUGGUCAUCAUCUUCCUUCGGUUAUUGGGUUAUAUGGUCUUUCACCUGCAGUAUAUAAACCCAGAUCUUCUCGUGGACACUCUGCCCAUGCUGAUGAGCAGAAGCACAUUGAAGUGGCUGAGGGACAUAGUGUUUCCCUUCCUGACUCUAGAGGUAGAAGAUGUACUACCACACUAG